CUGAGCUCAAAUGUGUUUGCGGAAUAGUUUCAUUUCACAACCGAGUUUAAGAUUCAACAGCUCGGGUAUUCACCGGUUUUACUGCACUCGGAUAAGUCUUAAACAGCCACUAUGGAUGUAAAUUCUGAACCUGUAAGGAAAGUUCUCUCCAAGUAUAAGUUUCGUGAUGUUGCUGUUGAAGAGUUACAAAAACUUUCUCGCGUCUACCCUGAUAUGAAAUUAACUGGAACUUAUACAUUUAGUGACAGUUUACAGAAGGAUCUGCUCAAACUAGUUGGAAAUAUCCCGGUCGUAUAUCAAGGGCGCUCUUAUAACCUUCCCAUCCUGCUUUGGCUUUUGGAUUCCUUUCCGUUCACGCCUCCAAUCUGCUACCUGAGACCUACAUCCAACAUGGUCAUUCGAGAGGGUAAACAUGUUGAUUCGAAGGGCAGAAUACACCUGCCAGCCUUGCACAACUGGGACCAUCCAAAGUCUUCUGUGAAUGCUCUUCUGGCAGAAAUGAUCGCAAAAUUUGAAGAGGAACCUCCACUGGGAACCAAAUCUUCAGCACAUGGCGACAGUCCCAGCAAUCUACUUGAUUAUGUGUCAAAUCUUACAAUUACUGAAGGUGGAAAUCGACCUGAUCAAGAGGUUAAAGUGUCUGUGAUUGGCGGGGGAGAUCUGGGAAUAGCUGCUGUAUUGACUGUAAUGUCAUUCUUUGCGUCACAGAGCUGUGUCGACAAACUGGUUUUGAUUGACAUACCUGAGAACUCAACCAAAGGAGGCACAAUGGAUUUGGAGAUUUUCAGCUUACCAAAAGUUGAGGUCUCAAAAGACCUGUCAGCUUCAGCAGGAUCUAAGGUAUUGGUCAUCACAGCAAAUGCCUGGAGUGAUGAGCAGUCUUAUCUGAGUGUAGUGCAGACUAAUGUGGACAUGUAUAGAGGCAUAAUCCCUCGUCUCGCUCAGCUGAGUCCAAAUGCUGUCCUGGUCAUUGCUUCUCAACCAGUAGACGUUAUGACACAUGUUGCCUGGAGACAAAGUCAUCUUCUGCCAACUCAAGUGAUCGGUGUGGGCUGUAAUCUGGACUCAGAGAGGCUUUCUCACAUUAUCAACAUUUCACUAGUGGCUAAUAACACUGGCAAGCAGGCCUGGGUCAUUGGAGAACUCUCGGAGAACAAGGUGGCAGUAUGGGGUAAUAUGGGACCAGGAACUGACCAAUUGCAAGCGUUAACCUCAGUGUCCAACUCCACCAAACCCUUAAUGGACAGAGCGUUAGAGAUGAUCAAGGGAAGAGGCCAAAGAUCAUGGUCUGUUGGGUUGUCGAUUGCUGACAUCACCCACAGCGUUGUAACCAAUCAAAAGAAAGUACAUUCCGUCACAACACUGGCUGAGGGUUGGGGUGGAAUCGGUUCCAAAGUGUUCCUCAGCUUGCCGUGCAUCCUCGGCGAAACGGGCUCUACUCGAUUACCAGGAGUGGCUUUAGGAUCAGAAGAUGAAAUGAAGCUGAGGGAAAGUGUGGCAUGUCAGGUCAAUCUCUUCAUGCAGCUAAGAUUGUAACUUAAUCACCUCUUUAAGUGGUACAUUUGCUCUGCAGGCUCUGCUAAAUUCACACCUUUAAGAACACUUAUUUUAUGAGGGGUGAGUUCUUGAAGGACAUUGAAGACCCUUCCAGCAAUGCAUACUAAUAUUUACACAGCAGUAGCACUAAAGACUUAUGAAGCAUUAUGCAAAAUAUCCUUGCACUUCAAUACUGUUUACAACACAAACUAUAUAGAUGCAAUCCUUUUGCUAUAUAACUUAUUGGCUGGUUAUCUGUUCAAACGGUGCCUUUAUGGAUGUUCAUAUUAUGGUAAAUGGUUAAAUUAUGGUUGUGUGGUACAAAGCUAUUACUGAUCAGGCAAAAGGCACGGGUUCUUGCUGUGCUUUAAUGCAAGCGAUUGUAUAUUUUAAUUUCUAAAAAAAAAAAGAUUCCUGACCUAUAUUUUAUAUUUUAUUAUUGUGUCAUGUACUGUACCUCGGAAUGUGAAAUCAAGAAUUAAAGAUUGCAAUAAUGUAAAUAUUAAAAUAAACACUUAAAUUUA